CCCGUUGGUGCAAAACCUUCCAGCACCCGUGAACGGUAGCGCCUUCUGCAGCUAUCCGACAAUCGAUCGAGCGCUUGGGCGUUGCGUUUCUCUAAUCUCCUUUUCAGCUCGCUGUUUGUCGCACAAGCAGCCGUCGGCUUCGGGGAGAAGCGAAAAGACAGAGAGCAGCCGUUCGCCCCGUUCGUCUCCAUAUCGCGGCGUCGUUUUCUGCCGUAUCACUCGAUCUCACUCUUGCCCAUCAAUCGCAAUUCAGAACGCGAAAGCGGUUUAGAGUCAUCAUGGCCGACGCAAGCAUGCUUUACACCAUUGGCGCCUAUGCCACCUUGAUUGGCCUUGGCUAUGCCGUCUACCAUAUCUCGACACAAAAGGACAAGCAAAAGGGCGGCGUCACCAUUACCAAGCCUACAAAAGUCUCUCAGCAGCCAACGGCUCGAAAAGAAGACCGGAAAAAGAAGCAGCGAAUGGAAAGCUAUGUGACAGAGAGCAAGUCAUCCAAGCCCGAAGCUCAGAAAGAAAAGGCUCCCGAAGCCAACCAGUGGCUGAGCAAUGAUGCCGAGAAGCAAGAAAAGCUUGACAACCGAGAGUUUGCCAGACAGCUUUCCAAGGCCAAGGAGGGUGCCAAAUUCGACAACAAGAAGGAGGCUACCAAGCAGAGGGAGAAGACUGUGAAGCAGUCCAAGGCUAACAAGUCCAAGGCUGCCCCGGCCCCAGAGGCCGUCAUUUCUGCUCCGUCGUCCAACGGCGCCGACGCCGAUGACGACGAGUCUCCUGUUGCUCUGUCCCCCGAGACUCGCCCCGUGGACGCCAGCGGUGUCAGCGACAUGCUCGAGCCAACCUCUACUACCGGCCCUUCCGUUCUCCGUCUCACUGAUACCGAGUCCAAGAAGCAGAAGAAGAAGGCUUCCAAGAACCCUGAACCGGUUGAGACCAAGAAGCAGAGACAGAACAGGAAGAAGGCCGAGGCCGCCAAGGCUGCCCGUGAGGAGGCCGAGAAGGAGCGCAAGGUCCUCGAGGAGAAGCAGCGCCGAACUGCUCGCAUUGCCGAAGGCCGUGCUGCCAAGGAUGGCUCUGAGUUUAUGGCCGCUGUCAACGCAAAGAAGUCUGCCUGGGACGGUGCCAAUGGAACCAAUGGAACCAACGGAACUGCUGCUAACAAGGGAGAUGCCGCCGUCUAUGCACCUCUCGACACCUUUGAGAAGCCCACUUCUGCCCCCGCUGCCAAGAAGGAGACUGUCAAUCAGCUAGAGAGCUCUUGGAUCUCAGCUCUUCCUUCCGAGGAGGAGCAGAUGGAGAUGCUCAAGGAAGAAUCUGAUGAGUGGAACACUGUCAAGACCAAGUCUUCCAAGAAGUCCAAGAAGGCCCCUUCAGUCGAAUCUGGAGAAGAGGCCACCCAAGCCCGUCCUACGGCUCAGAUCCAGCAAUCUACCGAGACCAUGGCCAAGAAGGUGGCUAAGCCUGCCGCUCCCAAGAACUUUGGAGGAUCUUUCUCUGCAUUGACCACUAAGGACGACGAUGCUGAGGAGGAAGUUGAAGAGGAGUGGGAAGUCUAAAGCUCCGUAUGCACGACAACGAAUACAAUUGUGCAUGUUAUUGCCCAGUUGCAGGGGUGGCCUGACACCUAGUCCCCUGCCGCUGUAUACUACUCGCCACGGGCAUACCCUUAGCCGUUGGCAU